UCAGUCGUUAUCUGAACGUCGGGAACAGUGGAUUUGUCCGCCCCUCCGUGGAGCCUCGCGACCUGAACCUACCAUUUACCGGAGCCAAACGGAAGUGCCAUAUCUCCAUCUAUGCGUAUGGAACUCCACCAUCUGGCCGAGGAAAUCAAAACAAACAAAUCAUUGCACAAACAAGCGCUAACGCAUCUCGCACAUACAGAUACACAGAUAUAUAAUCCGGAGAUAUAUACUCGGAUGUGCGUGAGUGGAUUGGUGGGUGCGUUUUUUUGCCUCCUGGCACCGCGUCAAAAGUCGCGCGCGAUUCUGCGGCGGAUUUACGGCCGCGGUAAUUGGUUAAGGCAAAGAAUUUAAUAACCAUUAUUCAUUGAGUGUGUGAACAAAUUGCCAAAAAGAUCAAAAUAUGAAUGAUAAGUGCUAAAAGUUACCAAGUGCUAAUGUGUUGAAACAAAAUUGAAUACGACAAUAAAAAACAAAUUAUAAAUAGACGUCAAAAACAUAAAGAAUCCCAACAAAUUAAAAUAAUAAAAAUAUAAGUUUCAAGGAAUCUCAAACAACAAUAAAUAAAGCUAUAAAUGUAAUGGCAUAUUAAACAAAGACGCAAGUAAUAUUUUAAUGCCACUUAAAAAUCAACAUCAAGUGAAACAUUUCUGCGAGAACAAUUAAAGUUCCAUUUGCAAAAAAUAAACGACAUAAUUCCAUCUCUGAAUAAUUAAUAUUCAAUUUAAAGCCGGUAUUAACGAAUUAUUUCAUCUUUUAACAAGUGUCAAAAGAAAAAGCGGCAAUAUUAAUUGCAGAUUGUCGGACAAAAGGAAAUGCUUUAAACAAAACAAGCGACAAAGGCGAGUGCCAACAAACGCGUGCGAAAAGUAUCGAAAACAAAGAGCAGAGCACUUCCAGCAAAAGGCCAACGUAAAACAAUAAUAAAAAACUGCCCGCGGCGAAACGCAAUGAUCUUCAAAAUGCAUUGGCUGAUUCUGAUACUACUGCCCCUCGCCUGGGCCAACAGCGGAGAUCUAAAGGGAGCACCUGUGAUGACCACAGUAGCUCCCACUUCGGGUCAUCGGAGUAGCCAUCAGCAGCAGAGAUUGCAGCAGUUGCAGGAGGCGCAGCAACUGGAGGCCCAUCAGCAGCACCACCACCACUUGCGGCACGAACAGCAUCUGCGUGCCGAGCUGGAGGGGAACCACCAGCCGCCGAUCGAGGAUCUCGAGAAGAAGGCCCUCCUCGAUCCACAAUUGCCCAUGCAGCAGCACCACUUGCGUCACCACAAUCGUCAUCAUGUGAGCUGGGAGCAGCGCGUGUUUCCCUCGCUGCGUCAUCAGCAGCACCGAUUGUCCAUCGGACCGGGCACAGCGAUGAACACAAUGACCACCGAGGCACCCACAACCAUGCAUCAUGCCCUCAUCUCCAAUCACAGUCGCUAUUUCGAUCGGGAAGGCAUCUUUCCCUCCUGGGCUGAGCCCCGAUCCACCAGAGGACCCAACUGGCGGCAGGAGGUGGACGCGAGUGAUUCCGAUGAGGAUAGCGAUGAGGACGACGAGGAUGACUACGAUGAGUAUGAUGAGGACACCGACUCCUCGAACGGCGUUGACGAGGAGCUGGCCCGACAAAUGCCCAGAUACUCGCUGUUUACCCAGAAGUUGCCGCACAUCGAUCUGAAAGAGCCCGAUUACAAUGCCUACGACCAGUCGGACGAACUGGAUAUAGUUUCGAGUGGUAAUCGUAAUGGCAACAAAUAUCCCAGCGUGGCCAAUCCGCACGACAAGUCCGCUGGCAAGCGCAACAUAUUCGAUUGGCUGUUCAAACAUGAUAGGGAAAAAGAGGCUGUUAGGAAGCCACACAUCACCAGCACUUCAACGAGCACAACAACCACAACUACCACAACCGUAAAGCCCACUCAAAUGCGCACUGAAAGGCCAAAACUGCAAUUAAUUGAUGCGAAUCUGAAGAAUGGCGCUGGCGUAGAGGACUUCUCCAAUGAGGAUUCGGAUUCGGACUCCAAGUCAGAGGAGGAGGAGGGCUUCUCCAACGAGCAGUGGAACAAAAUCGAGCACGAACACCAUCUCAGGCAGCAGAAACACCAGAAGGAACUGCUGGCGAUGCGCGAGAAGAGCCGGAAUACCCCACUCAUAAGGAACAUUGAGAAUGAGGAUGUGGAGAACAUUUACGCACGCAAUUAUGUGGCGUCGAAAGUUGGCCAAAAGAAGGAGGAGCAUUUGGGAACACCCGAAGCGGUGAUCAAAGCGAGACGCCUCCACGCUCAGAAGCAGAAGAGUGAGAGAGCCCUGGCCCACGCCCACAUGAACCAGGUGCUGAAGGAGGCCACCUGCCGCGUGCCCCAGAAACGCUGCCAGCUGGUCCAGCAGGAUCCUUCCAAGAUCUACACGCCCCACUGCACCAUCCUGCACCGCUGCAGCGAGGACAGUGGUUGCUGCCCCAGCAGGAGCCAGAUCUGCGCCGCCAAGAGCACCCACAACGUUGAGCUGCAUUUCUUCGUGAAGAGCAGCAAGCAUCGGAGCGUAAUCGAGAAGCGGACCUUUGUGAACCACACGGAGUGCCACUGCAUCGAGCGAUCGACCUACAACGAGGAGACGGCCAUGGCCCACUACGGGCAGUCGGUGGUGCGGGCCACCAUACUGAGUUGCACCUGUCCGAAGAGCUUCGAGAAGAUCCUGCAGGACGACGGGCAGUGCAGGUGCGACUGCAGCUCCGGCAACUACGACUGCGACUGGCUGAAGCGCGGCAACGAGCACUUUGCCAUGAACGAUCGCAAGUGCAUACAGCAAGGUCGCUGCAAGCCGCCCACCUGUGAGUUUGGACCCUACAUGGACAAACACGGUCGCUGUCCCAAGCAACACGAACAACCAUCGUACAAUGCCAUGUCAUAAGCGGGAGGAUUGCCCACAUGAAGCCAGGAAAAGUAUUAUAUUCGGUCUGGGGAAAACUCACAUCCAGACAAUGGGGGAAAAUCUUCUCUUCCGACAGGAGUAAAGGCAGAAUGAGAGACGUGAAUUUAGUUGCAUAUCCUAUACAAAACAAUACGAAAGUAAAACGAUGGGUCGUUUAGCCAGAAGCAAACGUACUAAAAUACCGAAAUCACUUUGAAGCAAAUCAGUAAUGUGUAGAACAAAAUGGUCGGUACAAAUAAAUCUAUACAUUGGUAGGGUCAGAAAAUAGCCAAAAUGAGCAUUCGACAGCAAGCAGAAAAGGGCAGUAUUUUCUACAGGUUUAACUACAAAUUCAAGUUGGACACAUUUUUACUAAGUAAAGUAUAAAACAGAUUAUUUCUACUUCAAAAAAUCGACCCAGCCUAAAGUAAAUCAGCCGAUUGUGUAGUAGAUUUAUUAGUAAUACAAUCCGAUGAGCCAUUUAAAGUAGGUGCAACAAAAUCUGUAUCUUAGCAAAAGGAAACAAGACUUUUUUGCGCAUGUUUUACCUAAAGAAAGAAAAACACAUACAACAAUAUGAAUUUGUAGCAUUGUUCUUAAGUGUUUCAAUAUAAAACAACCACAAAUAAACCAGAAUAAUUAUGUGUGUUUAAUGCGUAUGCUAAAUGAAAUUCCAAAUAUAUAAAUUGACUGCGUUUUUAGUUUUAAUCGACUAAUGUUAUGUUAUUUAAAUAGUUAUUUAAUUAUAAUAAAAUCAAACGAAAACAAACCACUAAUAUAACAAUUUAAAUAUAUGAAUUACCUAGAUACGAGCAAAUAUUGUAUUGUUCAUGUUAUUUAAGCUAAGUUUUAACAGAUUUCAAACAAAACCAAUCCGGGAUAAGUCGCAACAACAAAAACAAAAUUAAAUUUUCAUAUUUAAUUUCUAGUCAAAUUUUAAUUUUGUUUUUCCACGGCCACAAAUGUUUAAUCGAAUGGAAAUUCCGCCAUUGAACUCAGCAAAUCAAACGGCAUUUAAAGCGGAAAAUACAAAAUACAAAAAACAGUAAACUAACCAUAAAUAUAGCGAGAUAAAUGUAUAAACCAUAUGAACGUAAACUAGCCCACAACUCUCUUGCUUUUUCCUGCAUUUGAUAGUGACAACUAAACUAACCAUAGGAUAUCUUCAAUAUCGCAUAAGUGCAUCAUGGGAAAACCCGAUUUUAGACACAAUUUCACACUUCACAUUUUCAUUUGACCCGUGCACAAGUUUUAGUUUAAGUUACUCAAAUAAUUCUGACACCCAGCACUGUACAUAUAUUUUAGAAACCUACAUUUAAGUGGCACCCAAAGUGAAUCCGUUUGGCACGAAUUAUGGCGUAAAUUGUUUCCGAGUGAGAGAGAAUUAAUUCCCACAUUGCAUAACGCAUUUGCAUAUUUAUGACAUUUGCUGGAUGGCGAAAUCGAUGAGCUCAAUUAUUAAUUUCAAGCGGAAUUUGGGGCUUUAAUUAUUGUGAAUUUAUUUACCAUUUGGCCAGACACCAAAAUGCCGUUUAAUAACCUGUGCCUCAUUUCUAUUUAUCCUGCGCAAUUACAUGUUCGCCAUAAUUAUCGAGCAAUCUAUUUGCUCAAACUAAAAUAUUUAUUGAAAUUCGCACCCCACUUUAAAUAAGCAUACGCAUACUCGUAUAGGAAACGCAAUUUCGAUGCGAUGUUGAAUGUGACAUGAAUAUUUCAAUAAAUCUGUGUAAUUGUUAAUAGAAGCUACCACAACAUGAUACCAAGCCCAAGCCGAAUAUACGAAAGAUUACAUUUCAAAAUGAUUUUAUUUACAACUUUUAGCAUAAAUUUUAAUGUAUAAAAAUGAAUGUAAGCGAUAAGCUGAGAAACAAACCAAUACUAAUAAAAGAAACAUAUUAUUACUA